UACUUCGACUAGAAAGAAAAGGGACUGAAAGGAGGUAUGCGACGUCGUUUUGGAGUAUCGAGAUAGUGUUCUUUCUUCUACACUCUCAUUACUGUCACGAUCUCAUCACAAAAAUGGCAAACAAAUCAAAGAAGAAGCACACAACAACAGCAGCAACAACAACCUACGACGAUGUCGACAACGACAACAUUUGGUGUUCCUUAAUCCACAAAGGAACACCAACAACAUUCACAACAAUUGCUUUAUUCGCAUUACUGAUCCGUUUCUUAGUGUCGUUGUACCCUUAUUCAGGUUUCGGAAACCCACCGAAAUUCGGAGAUUUUGAAGCACAGAGACAUUGGAUGGAGAUAACAAUCAAUUUACCGAUUCGUGAAUGGUAUAGAAAUGGAACCAAUAAUGAUUUGGGUUAUUGGGGUCUUGAUUAUCCUCCUCUCACUGCUUACCAGAGCUGGAUUCAUGGAGUUUUGCUUCGCCGUUUUCAUCCCAUUUCUGUUUCGCUUUUCAGUUCAAGAGGUCAUGAAUCUUAUCUUGGAAAACAACUGAUGAGGUGGACAGUGAUAUCUUCCGACGCUCUGAUAUUCUUUCCAGCAGUUUUGUACUUUAUAAUUGCUCGUUAUAAUCAACCUUCACGGAGUCGUAAAACUGAUAUCGCAUGGCACAUUACCAUGCUUUUGCUAAACCCAUGUUUGAUCUUAAUUGAUCACGGCCAUUUUCAGUACAACUGUAUCAGCUUGGGCUUUACUAUUGCAGCUGUUGCUGCUAUCCUUUCUGGGAAAGAUCUUUUUGGCUCUGUUCUUUAUUGUUUAGCCCUAAAUCAUAAACAGAUGAGUGCAUAUUUUGCGCCUGCUUUUUUCAGCCAUCUACUUGGCAAAUGCCUGAGACGUGAACAUCCAGUCCUUGAGGUGUCAAAACUAGGAUUUGUCGUCUUAGGAACCUUUGCUGCGGUGUGGUGGCCUUAUCUUUAUUCAACAAAUUCCUUUUUGGAGGUCCUCUCUCGUCUCGCUCCCUUCGAAAGAGGAAUAUUUGAGGACUAUGUCGCCAAUUUUUGGUGUGCCACUUCAAUUCUCAUAAAAUGGAAGAGAUUGUUCACAACAGGGCCACUCAAACUUAUCAGCUUCUCCGCAACUAUCAUAUCAUGUUUUCCUUCAAUGGUUCAACAAAUAAAGUCUCCAAGUAAUAAAGGAUUCCUUUAUGCGCUGCUCAACUGUUCUCUGUCAUUUUACCUAUUUUCUUUUCAAGUGCAUGAAAAGUCCAUUUUGCUGCCACUUCUUCCUGCAACCAUGCUGGCCAUGGAAGAGCCCUUUAUUUUCAAGUGGUUCAUGAAAUUCGCCAUGCUCUCUAUGUUCCCUCUAAUCUGUCGCGACGGCUUGAUUGUUCCAUAUUUCGCUCUACUCGCCCUCUUCAUCCUCGUACUCAAUACACCUGGUCGACGCAGAGUUAGAGAAAACAACUACUUUUACAACUAUUUAGGCGCAACGACGAUUCGCCUUAUUUUAUUUUGUUCUUUAAUUCUUCACAUAGUUUACUUGACAAUGCAAGCUCCUAAGAAGUAUCCUUUUAUUUUUGAAGCAAUGAUUAUGAAUCUGUGUUUCUCUCAGUUUGUGAUUGUAACUAUUGGUUGCAAUAUGAAGCAAUGGAUGUUAAACAAAAAUGUAAAAUUAGAUGAAAUAGAAAAGAAGCACAUUUGAUAUUGGUUUAUAAAUUAUAUAAAUUGAAUUAAGAGAUUGGCAUAA